CUGUCUCUCUCACUAGUCCCUACACACAUUGCCUUUUCUUUCUUCUUCUCUUUCACCAUUUCAAAACAGGCAUCAUUGUCUUUCUUUCCUUCAGGUUACUUGAGUUCUUUAAUGCCCACAACUUUCUUACUUCGUUAGCUUGCCCCUCUACUCUCAGGAGGGACAGGAAUUCAUGCUGAAGAUGCAGCUCCAUUUCCAGUUUGGUUCAAUUUUUACUUUGAAAUCCUCAAAGUGCUUCUUGUCUGCUUGUCUUGUCUCUUUCUUAUUUGUCACAAGUAUUGCGGACCUGAACUCGGAUAGGCAAGCUCUUCUUGCCUUUGCUGCUUCUGCUCCUCAUCUUAGAAGGCUCAACUGGAAUUCCACUAACCAUAUUUGCAAAUCAUGGGUUGGUGUCACCUGCACUUCCGAUGGUACUCGUGUUCUCGCUCUCCGCCUUCCUGGAAUUGGGCUCGUGGGACCAAUCCCUCCAAACACACUUGGUAAACUAGAAUCACUCAGGAUUCUCAGUUUGAGAUCAAACCUCCUCAGUGGUAACCUUCCUCCUGAUUUACCAUCUCUACCUUCACUACGUUACCUUUUUCUCCAACAUAACAACUUCUCCGGUGAGGUUCCUUCCUUCUUGUCCUCACAGCUCAAUGUCCUAGAUCUCUCUUUUAACUCUUUCACUGGGAAGAUACCAAAAACUUUACAAAAUCAGAAGCAACUGACAGGGUUGAGCCUCCAAAAUAACAAACUUUCUGGACCAAUACCUAAUCUUGAUACUGCAAGCCUGAGACGUUUAAACUUGAGCAACAAUGAUCUUAACGGUUCAAUACCCUCUGCACUUGGUGGGUUUCCCAGUUCAUCUUUUUCCGGAAACACAUUGUUAUGUGGACUUCCUCUGCAACCAUGUACCGCUCCCUCUCGUCCUUCUCCUCUUACCCCACCCAUCAUCUCACCUCCAUUGCCGCCGUUUCCUCACAAAGAAAGUUCAAAAAGGAAAUUACAUGUAGGCACGAUCAUUCUUAUUGCAGCUGGCGGGGCUGCCCUGCUGCUAUUAACCACUGCGAUUAUAUUAUGUUGCUGUAUCAAGAAAAAGGACAAGAGGGAAGAUAGCAUUGUAAAAGCAAAGACUUUGACUGAGAAAGCAAAGCAAGAAUUUGGAAGUGGGGUGCAAGAACAUGAGAAGAAUAAGCUGGUGUUCUUUGAAGGAUGCUCCUAUAACUUUGAUCUAGAGGAUUUAUUGAGGGCAUCAGCGGAAGUACUAGGAAAGGGUAGUUAUGGGACAGCAUACAAGGCUGUAUUAGAAGAAUCCACUACUGUUGUGGUAAAAAGGUUAAAGGAAGUGGCAGCUGGGAAGAAGGAGUUUGAACAGCAGAUGGAGAUCAUCGGUCAGGUAGGACAACAUCCUAGCGUGGUUCCUCUCCGUGCAUAUUAUUACUCCAAGGAUGAGAAGCUCUUGGUUUAUGACUACUACCCUGCUGGUAACUUAUCAUCACUCCUCCACGGUAACCGUGAAAGUGAGAGAAUGCCUCUUGACUGGGACUCCAGAGUGAAAAUCACGCUCGCAGCAGCAAAAGGUAUAGCUCACCUCCACGCAGUUGGAGGUCCAAAGUUCAGCCAUGGAAACAUAAAGUCCUCAAAUGUGAUUAUGAAGCAGGAGAGUAGUGAUGUGUGCAUUUCUGACUUUGGUCUGGCUCCUCUGAUGGCUGUGCCCGUUGCCCCAAUGAGGGGUGCAGGCUACCGCGCACCAGAAGUAAUAGAAACAAGGAAACACACACAUAAAUCUGAUAUUUACAGUUUCGGUGUACUUAUACUCGAGAUGUUGACUGGCAAGUCUCCAGUGCAGUCACCAAGUCGGGAAGACAUGGUUGAUCUCCCCAGGUGGGUGCAGUCAGUGGUGAGAGAGGAAUGGACAAGUGAGGUGUUUGAUGUUGAGCUAAUGAGGUUCCAGAACAUUGAAGAAGAAAUGGUACAGAUGCUGCAGGUUGCUAUGGCGUGUGUGGCUCAAAUGCCCGAGGUACGACCAACCAUGGAUGAGGUGGUUAGGAUGAUUGAAGAGAUACGAGCUUCGGACUCUGAGACACGGCCAUCUUCGGAUGACAAUAGCAAACCCAAGGACUUCAACGUUCAAACCACCCCUUGAUUUAUCUUUCCCUUUUUUUAUAUCUAUGCUUUUGAGUUUGUAAGUCUUUUGUGUUGAUUGUUUGGUGAUCACUUGCCUGACUAGCAAGACGCAGUUGGAGGCGUGUGUAACAUUUACAUAGCAAUUAUUGUACACUCUUUUCUAUGUGUCUCUCGAUAUAUAUGAAUAUGAUCCAAUUUUAUGCAA